UGUAUGAUUAUAGUCCUAAUGUUGGGGGCGGGCUCUGUGGGCCCUGCUCAUGAAUAUGGAGACACUCCCUCCGUGUUGAACUUGUGCAGAGAGCUGCAGCCCGGGCCAGCAGUCACUCACUCAGUCAGUCAGAGAGCACACGGCUCGGCUGCCGCAUGGCCACCGCGUAAACUUUCUCCAACUUUUCAGUGGAAACUGUGGGAAAAGGAAGCAGCGCAGACUCCAGGGGAGCUCCAGGGAAAAAGCAGGAAGAGGUUUUCUAUGAAUGUGGAUCCUGAGCUCCGCUGAUCAAACUGCUGUUUGCCAGUCGUGCAUGUUUAAAGCAGUGGAGAGCUGUGGUGCCGUGUGUCGGCCAGACGAACAGUAACUACCGAGUGGCUGAGCAGUGAGGAGGCAUGACUCUGAGACGAGGCUCGGUGGUCUCUGCCUUUUUCCUCUGCCUUCUCCUGGAGGUGUCUGAGGGAUCUGGACAAUUCGAGCUGCAAAUCUUGUCGAUGCACAACCCAAACGGAGAGCUGCUGAACGGCAUGUGUUGUGAUGGCGCACGGAACACGGCGGAUAGGAAAUGUUCACGGGACGAGUGCGAUUCGUUUUUUAAAGUUUGUCUGAAGGAAUACCAGUCCAGGGUUUCAGCUGCGGGGCCCUGCAGCUUCGGAAUGGGAUCUACGCCUGUCCUCGGAGGGAAUAGCUUUUCUUUCAGGAGUUCUGUGAGGAAUGACAAAUCCAGGAUAGUUUUACCCUUCAGUUUUGCCUGGCCGAGGUCCUACACUUUGAUAGUGGAAGCCUUGGACUUCAACAAUGAAACCAGUGGUGCAGAUGGGAAGUUGAUCGAGAAAGCCUUUCACUCCGGGAUGAUCAACCCCAGCCCAACCUGGCAGAAGCUGACCCACAACGGCCCUGUGGCCCAGUUUGAGUACCAGAUCCGGGUCAGCUGCGACGAGCACUACUACGGCUUCGGCUGCAACAAGUUCUGUCGGCCCAGAGACGAGUUCUUCGGGCAUUACACAUGCGACUACAAUGGAAACAAGACAUGUCUGGAGGGCUGGUCCGGACCUGACUGCAACACAGCAAUCUGUCGACAAGGCUGCAGCACUGAACAUGGAUCCUGUAAGGAGCCAGGAGGAUGCAAGUGUCUGUAUGGCUGGCAGGGACAGUACUGUGACAAAUGCAUCCCCCACCCCGGCUGUGUCCACGGCACCUGCGUGGAGCCCUGGCAGUGCCUGUGCGACACCAACUGGGGCGGCCAUCUUUGCGACAAAGACCUGAACUACUGUGGCACUCACCAGCCAUGCCUGAAUGGAGGGACGUGCAUCAACACAGGACCUGACAAGUACCAGUGUACCUGCGCUGAGGGCUACUCUGGAGCCAACUGUGAGAGAGCGGAACAUGCCUGCCUGUCCAAUCCGUGCUCUAAUGGUGGAACCUGUUCAGAAACCAGUCAAGGUUACGAAUGUCAGUGUGCGCCGGGGUGGAGCGGCCCCUCCUGCGAUAUCAAUGUGGACGACUGCUCUCCAAACCCCUGUAACCACGGGGGAACCUGCCAGGAUCAGGUCAAUGGCUACAAGUGUCUCUGCCCGUCACAGUGGUCGGGAAAGACUUGUCUGAUCGAUGCCAACGAAUGCGAGAGUAAGCCUUGUGUCAAUGCCAACUCUUGCCGCAACCUGAUUGGUGGAUACUUCUGCGAGUGUAUCCCUGGUUGGAGCGGGCAGAACUGCGACAUCAAUAUCAACGACUGCAAGGACCAGUGCCAGAAUGGGGGAACCUGCAAGGACUUGGUGAACGGUUAUCGCUGCGUGUGUCCUCCUGGUUUUGCCGGCGAACACUGUGAGAGGGACAUCGAUGAGUGUGCAAGCUCGCCGUGUCUGAAUGGUGGACGCUGUCAGGACGAAGUGAACGGCUUCCAGUGCUUCUGUCUUGCCGGCUUUUCUGGAAAUCUCUGUCAGCUGGAUAUCGAUUACUGCUCGCCCAACCCAUGUCAGAACGGAGCACGAUGCUUCAACCUGGCCACCGACUACUUCUGCGCCUGUCCCGAGGACUAUGAGGGCAAAAACUGCUCGCAUCUCAAAGACCACUGUCGCACCACAACGUGUAAAGUGAUUGACAGCUGCACGGUAGCUGUAGCAUCUAAUAGCACACCAGGAGGAGAGCGUUACAUUUCCUCCAAUGUGUGUGGACCUCACGGGCGCUGCCGGAGCCAGGCGGGGGGACAGUUCAGCUGCGAGUGUCAGGAGGGCUUCAGAGGGACGUACUGCCACGAGAAUAUCAACGACUGCGAGAGUAACCCGUGCCGCAAUGGAGGCACCUGCAUCGACAAAGUCAGCGUGUAUCAGUGCAUCUGCGGUGAUGGCUGGGAGGGCGACCACUGCGAGAUCAACAUCGAUGACUGCAGCACCAGCCCUUGUCAUAAUGGAGGGACGUGUCGAGACCUGGUGACUGAUUUCUUCUGCGAGUGCAAGAAUGGCUGGAAGGGAAAGACGUGCCACUCCCGCGAGAGUCAGUGCGAUGAAGCCACAUGCAACAACGGAGGCACCUGCCACGACGAGGGCGACACGUUCCAGUGCAAGUGUUCCCCGGGCUGGGAGGGCACCACAUGCAACAUAGCCAAAAACUCGAGCUGUCUCCCAAACCCAUGUGAGAACGGAGGAACCUGUGUGGUGACUGGGGAGUCGUUCACCUGCGUGUGUAAAGAAGGCUGGGAGGGUCCCACAUGCACGCAGAAUACCAACGACUGCAGUCCCCACCCAUGCUACAACAGUGGGACCUGCGUGGACGGUGAUAACUGGUACCGCUGCGAGUGCGCCGCAGGCUUCGCUGGCCCAGACUGUCGGAUCAAUAUUAAUGAGUGCCAGUCGUCUCCGUGUGCCUUUGGCUCCACCUGUGUGGACGAGAUCAACGGCUAUCGCUGCCUGUGCCCACCAGACAGGACUGGGCCGCACUGUCAAGAAGUGACGAGAAAAUCCUGCUCUGUUAACGGCCACGUCUUCCCCGAUGGAGUCAAAUGGGACGAAGAUUGCAACACGUGCCACUGUGUCAACGGGAAAGUUGUCUGCACAAAGAUGUGGUGCGGUCCCACAUCGUGCCUCCUGGGGCUCAAAGGUCGUAGCGGUUGUCCUUCCGGCCAGACGUGCGUCCCCAUCAGGGAGGGUCACUGCUUCGUGAAGCCCUGCCUUGGUUUAGGAGAGUGCUGGCGCACCAACCCUCCGCCUCCUACCACCAAGUGCCACCCCAGCUCCAGUUUCCAGGACAACAGCUGCGCCAACAUCACCUUCACCUUCAACAAGGAGACCAUGCCUCAGAGUCUGACAGUGGAGGGCGUCUGUAAGCAGCUGAGGCGGCUCUAUGUAGUGAAGAAUUUCUCCUUGGAGCAUUCUGUGUCCAUAACCUGUGACCCCUCAUUCUCAGCCAGCAAUGAGAUCCACGUCUGCAUCUCGACAGAGGACCACCGCUUGGACCGGAGCCCCAUCAAAGAGCUCACAGACAUGAUAAUCGACCUGGUUAGCAAACGCAACGGGAACAACACCAUCAUCACGUCCAUCGCGGAGGUGCGCGUGCCAAGCCCCAGCAAAACUGACUACCUGGUGCCCCUCCUCAGCUCUGUCUUCAUUGUCAUCUGGGUCCUUGUGCUGGUCUCCAUCUGUCUGUGGUGCAUGCGCCGCCGGCGGAAACAGAGCAACCACAACGGGACGACGGUGACCGGCUCCGAGGACAACACGACCAACAACGUCCGGGAGCAGCUAAACCAGAUCAAGAACCCUAUAGAGAAGCACGUGGGCCUGUCAGUGGCCAUCAAAGACUACGAGAACAAGAACUCCAUCAUUGCCAAAAUAAGGACAAAUAAUCCCGAGGGGGAUGAGGACGACAAGGAGAGGCACUUACAGAAGGGCCGCUUUGCCAAACAGCCAGCAUACACACUGGUGGAGAGGGACGAGAAGACGCCUAUCUCCAACCCCAACUCCACAUCCAAAAACCCUAAUUGGACUAAUAAACAGGACAACAGAGACUUGGAGACAGCAAACAGCAUAAACAGGAUGGACUACAUUGUAUAGCAGACAGCUGUGUUGCUGUGCAACCAAGCCUAAUGCCUUCACACCCCGGUGGUGGGUGGAACGGGGGAACUUUGGCACGUGUAGUUAGUACACUGUCAUGUCAGCGGUGACCCCUCAGUAUUUUCAGAUAUUCCCCGUGUUAAUUUAAGUUUUGACAAGCUGGCUUACACUGGCAGUGACAGUUGCUUUGGUUGGCUGGAAACACAAGGCACUGGUAUACAUUUCACUGUAGAAGUAGUUCAAACAUGUCCUCCUCUGCAUUUCAUUUCAGUUGUUUUUAAACAUAGUGGACACAUGGAAGGGGCUCCUGGUGUAAUUGUUGUACAAUGACUAAAACGACCCGACGUGUUCAACGCUAGAGCUAAUUAUUUCUAGUUUGUGUUUGAAUUCUUUCUAGUUCCGUUUGGAGAAAGUGCCUUUUCAGCUUUAGACUUCAGCAACUGUCAAAUGAGAAAAAAAGAUCAACUUUAUUAUUUAUUUUUACUUUUUGGGAGGGUGGGAACGAGGGGGGGUUCAAUGUCAGCAGUUGCUGCCAAUAUGAAGAAUUUAUGUGUCGAUUUAGAACAUGUAGAUAUGUACAUUUUUUUAUUAAUCAUUGUGUAUAUUUGAUUUAUUAACUUAAUAAUCAAGAGCCUUAAGAUAUCAUUCCUUUUUAUUUAUAUGUUCUGUCUAGUUUGAAGGUUUUGAUAGCUGUGGAAGCCUACCAUUUCUUUCAAUUUCUUAUUUUUUCAAAGCCAAAUUUUCAAAGAAUUUCAAAGAAGACAAAGGAUGGGCACUUUUCGCCUGAAAGAAAGACUUUUUUUGUCCUUCCACACAUUUUGACAUUUCAUGAUUUGUUGCCAGGACCUUGAUUGAAGACAAGUGAGGUUAGGACAACAGAAUAACCACGGCUGCUGCGAGGGACGGACAUGGUGGCAGACAUAUUGCUUGCCACUAAUGGAUUAAUACUUAAGGGAACAAAAAAAAUCCUUCUGCAGCUUCAGUUUAACCCAAUGACACAUUUCAAAGGCUGUCGGGGCGAGUCGCAUCAACAUGACACGCCAGAAUUCCCAUCUGCUUUAGUCAGCGUUAAUAUCACAAGCUUGGAGCGUGAGUACUUGAAGAGAAGGGGGGGGCGAUGGGAACACUGUAGAGUCGGAUGAAAUACACUGCCUUGCUCGGCAAGAGUCUGCUUUGUUUCUGUGCACAUUUGUUUCUUUUUAAAAAAUGAGGCUCUUAAAGACAAACAUGUUUUAUCUCAUUUGUUAACCCUUUGAGAUCAUGGCAACAUUUUGUCCUAUUUUUGACUUUGUGUUAUGAACUUGAGAAUUAUGUGUUGAUCUGGCAAUAUAUUUUUGAAAGUCAUAUUUAUUAAAUAUUUUGUAUGAAAAGAGAAUUAAAGUUGUCUUUGUUCUG